UCUCUACACACAGACAAACCAACCCACCCGCACACAACUAUACAUAUAUAUUGUGGUUUUAGGUUGUGUUGUCCUAUAUCGAAUUCAGCAAUUGGUGAGUUCAGUUCAGUUCAGACUUCAGAGCUAUAUCUAAGUGAGAGAAAUGGCCAAUAGAAUGGUUUCGUCAGUUCAGAGCUUGGGAAAUUCGGACUCAAUUACUUACAUAUCGCAGCGAGAGGCGGCCGAGAUUGAUGAGGCCCUCAUGGGUCCUCUUGGGUUCAGCGUCGAUCAAUUAAUGGAAUCAGCUGGUUUAAGCGUUGCUUCCGCAAUUGCUGAGGUCUACAAAUCAAGCGACUAUAGUCACGUACUUGUCAUUUGUGGUCCAGGAAACAACGGUGGUGAUGGCCUUGUAGCUGCUCGUCAUCUAUGCCACUUUGGAUACAAACCCUCUAUUUGUUAUCCAAAGCGUACUCCUAAGCCUCUUUAUUCUGGUUUGUUGAUUCAGGUGGAAUCACUGGCAGUUCCUCUCCUUUCAGUGGAAGAUCUGCCUGUGGACUUAUCUAAUGAGUUUGACAUUCUAGUUGAUGCAAUGUUUGGAUUCUCAUUCCAUGGAACUCCAAGACCACCUUUUGAUGAUCUGAUUCAAAGACUGGCUUCUCUGCAAAAUGGGGAUCAAACUCCACAGACAUCACCUUUCAUCGUAUCGAUAGAUAUACCAUCUGGGUGGCAUGUUGAUGAAGGAGAUAUCAAUGGUGCAGGCAUUAAACCUGACAUACUGGUUUCUUUAACUGCUCCUAAGCUCUGUGCCGAGAAGUUUUGUGGUCCACACCACUUUCUAGGGGUGAGAUUCAUUCCACCAUCUAUUCUAGAUAAAUAUAAGCUGCGACUGCCAGCAUAUCCUGGUACUUCUACGUGUGUUCGAAUUGGUAAGGCUCCAAAAAUUGACAUAUCAGCUCUAAAGAACAACUUUACUGCUCCUGAGAUUCUCGAGGACUACCAGGUGGAGCCUAACCCCUUUGAUCAGUUCCAAAACUGGUUCGAUGAGGCGGUUGCUGCCGGCUUGAAGUUGCCAAAUGCCGUGGCUUUGUCAACUGCUGGCAAACAUGGGAAACCUUCAUCACGAAUGGUAUUGCUAAAAGAAGUUGAUAAAGAUGGUUUUGUCUGGUGCACCAAUUAUGAAAGCCGAAAGGCCCAUGACUUAUCUGAAAAUCCUUGUGCGUCACUUCUUUUUUACUGGGAUGCUUUAAAUCGCCAGGUAAGAGUGGAAGGAUUUGUGCAGAAAGUUUCCGAAGAGGAAUCUGAGCAGUACUUCCAUAGCCGUCUUCGAGGAAGUCAGAUUGGAGCAAUAGUUAGCAAGCAGAGUACUAUAAUUCCUGGAAGGCAUGUACUCCACCAAGAAUACAAAGAAUUAGAGGCAAAAUUCUCUGAUGGAAGUUUGAUUCCCAAACCCAAAGACUGGGGAGGAUACAGACUUAAACCAGAGUUCUUUGAGUUUUGGCAAGGGCAACAGUCUCGCUUGCAUGAUAGAUUGUGUUAUUCUUCUGGAGAGGCGGAUGGAAAGACGACAUGGAAAAUUGUUCGAUUAGCUCCCUAAGUAGUAGCCUCACCAUCUUCAAUAAAGCGUCAUUUGUGGCAUCUUACUAUAUAUUGUUUGGUGUUUCUCUCUGUUGCAUAUGGAUAGCAAUGAUGACUGAUAUAUAUGUUUUUGGAGAAUAAUUAUCUAGACAUCAUUAGUAUAUGCUGAAACUUCA